UUUUUCGCGCACUCUCUCCGAAAUAAACUGAAGAAGCUGUAUACUUGAAGGUGCCGUGGCCCGAGCCAGCCGUUUGCAUAGGCUAUAGAUAUAAUUUCCAGCAGGCAGUCCACUCCUGCGGAAGCUGCUACAGUCUGGCGUUGCUGGCCGGCGAGACUUCUACCUCCGUAUAAUGUGGAGACGGAUGCUGUGACUGUGAAGAUACCGAAGGAAAAAGGGCUAGUGGUGGAUUCCCGUAGUACUCUACGUCCUCGUACGUACGAGAUAUUUCCGUGUGGAGAGUCUCAUGAGUUGCGACGUCGUUGAUCGGUGACAUACGACAUUGCGGCGUCGGUGACUUUUCGAGGACUUUACGGACGCAGGGAGACACUGUGGACCGUGUGGAGAUAGUCUGCGCCACCGGCGGUGUUAGACGGUGCAUGCAGGGAUCGGUCGGGACGCGACGUUGUAUGGACCGCGGAACCGCUGCUGUAAACUAGCACAGGUGUGUUGUAGGUGUGACAGCUCCUGAGCCUGCUGCGCGUGUUAAAAAGCUGCAGGUAGACGAAACGGGGCGCCGUUUGCAUCUGCAUCUGGUCAAGAAAAAAGAUGGUUGAGCCUUGGGUCAUGGUUGGAGGAUACCAGCUGCAAGGUUCAUACCAGUCGAGCCCUCCAAAAGUGGGAUUUGGAGUCAUUUGUCGCUGCCCGGGGAGCGGGGUGCAGUGCCUGCUGCAGAAGAGGGGCCUGAAUUCCGCGUCCCCCAACAAGUGGUCAUUCCCGGGGGGCCGGCUGGAGAACCCCGGGGACCUCGACGAGGACGGAGACGUGGGUACUAGGAGGGAGCUGGAGGAGGAGUGUGGAGGAGGGGAGCCUCUGGGACUCCCUUCACUCAUCCACAUCGAAUGCUACAAGAGUGGAAAGGUAAAGCAGACAAUAUAUCAUGUCUACGCCAUCGACACCUCCACCAACAAGGAGUGGGAGCUAUGGAAACCGAAACCCAAGAACGAGAGGACAGAGGUCGAUACCAUGGCAACGGAGCUGGUGGUCAACAGCCAGUCUUUCCCGUCGCUGAACGGGUAUUGCUGGGUCGACAUGCACGCACUUAUUCAGGAGUGUGACAGACUGGCCUGUUCUCAAAUGGACAUCACGGAAGUCACAGACCUGCAGCAUGGACUCGUGCGGUGGGUGCAGAACUACGGCGACCACGUCCUGCGAACGCUCAUCCAGCGAAGCCCGAAGCUCCCACACCACUCCCCGCGCCGACACUCCUCCUCCUCCACCAGCAGCAGCAGCGGCACCAACGGCUCUGGCUCAAAAUCGCGAUCCAAAUCCGACCUCACCCCAAAAUCCCAGCGCUAUCGAGCGACGCCGGAACUCCUGACACCACCAUAUGCACCACUCCGACCACCCACCGCUUACCCGGGACCACUCUUAGCAAAUCACAGUCCCACCCAUAAUUUCUACGGGAUGGGACUCCCUGUAAUGUCCCCCACGGCUAUGGCUGCAUCUGGCCUGGGGAGCCAGCAGGGUGCCAUGCAGUACAUCCGCUUUCCGACUCUACUGCCGCCAACUAGUGCGAUUCCCCAACCGAUGGGAGCAGUCCCAGGACAGCAACAGGCCAUCAUAGCCAACCCUGCGCAGACCGGCGGCAUGGUCUACCAUCCGCUACCCGUGCAGUUUGGGAUGCAGCAGGCCUUGCAGCAGCCCACUGGUUUUGGAUUGGCGUCACCUGGUGUAGGUACCGGGCUUGUUCUGUCCGGCCUCUCGCCCGGCAGCACCAGAGAAGCUAUAGCGGGUGGCCAGGAGGCGGUACACGCGAGUUCACCGUCGGAAGACACUGGCGUCACAGCGGCAGUGUCCGAGGGAAGCGACAGCGGGGAAGGGAAUCUAGCGGGGAUGGAAAUUAUCUCGAAACUGAUGCAGGUUCCGCGACAGGAGCAGGCAUCGGCGUUUCACCAGGUGACAGUCCCUCACUCAAUCGUCGCUGGUCAUCAUCUGGAGCUCCAACAGGCCGUAGGAGGUGGAGGGAGUGGAGCAACGACAAGUUCCUUACAGCCUGAAGGGGGACACCAGGUGCAGCAUCAGCUCGCUUAUGCAGUGGCUGGAAACUCACGGGAACUUCAGAAUCACAGUCAACAUGCAGCCACAUCAAUUCCUUCCCUGCCACAUCACUUCGCAGCUCACGGAAUGGUCGCCCUCCCACCUCCACACACAGCCACGGCCAUGAAGAUUGAACACACAGAAGCUCUGCUCCCUAUCCCCCCUGUCGUCCCUUCUGUCCCACCCCUUUCGGCUCUUGUGCAGGCCCCGCAUCAAAUGAAUCAUCGCAAGGAGAUCCUCUGUCGUCACUUCAUAUCUGGGCGCGGCCACUGCCCCUACGGUGACAAGUGCUGGUUUGCACACCCAGAGCCAAAUCCUUCGGUUCACCCGAGAGACUUUGCACAUUUACAUCAGACAACCGGCCACCACCCUAGCACACCCCUGCACAUCCAAGUCCCUCCCCCUGCCCAUGGAUGGAACCCAAACAUGCCCGUGCAAUACGUAGCUUCGCCACCCCAAUCUCCCCUGGAUGGUGCGUAUCUUGCACCAACCGAUCCUUCCACAGGAAUGAGGGCACCGAUUUUACACACCUCCCCUGGCUACCAAUUCCCCGGUCAACAAUUCCCUGGUCAACCCCCGAUUCUAGUUUGGCAACCUCCCCCUGGCGGGGGACCUCGAAAUUUCUCCCUACUCCCCUCAAUUCGGCCCCCUCUACCCAUCCCCAUCGACCCAAAACUCCAUUUUACUCUUCUCUCCGAGGUGGUUGUGAUGUCGGAUGGUCCAGAGGCUGGACUAGUUCGAAACAUCUCUCAACUCACCACGCGUGCCGAUCACUUCUACAUUGCCUACGGGAACAAAGUCAGGGACUAUAAGAUUCUCUUCAGCGGACAGCGCACACACCAGGAGAGCUGGAUGCUGCAGGACACAUUUUCCUUCUCGCACAGAGUCACUUGCCUCCACACCUCCAGACAACAUCAAUACUUGCUCCUCGUGGGCACCGAAGCCGGAUCUGUGUACACAUGUUUGCUGAGGAGGGGGAACCAAUAUUCUCAGACCAGCAUUUUCUCACAUACAUGCACUUUAGAGUCCCCAGAAGCAAUUACAUCACUCGUCCACUUCAGUACCUCCGUCAGCCAGGCGCAGGUGGUGGUGGUGGGCACGCAGACAGGCGCCAUCUCGUGGUUCAUUGCUCAGCCACCCCAGAAAACCUACUCAAUGCUCUCCUGCACUCGUCCACACUACCCACACACUGUUGUGGCCCUGCAGGUGUGGGGAGGUAUGUUGGUGUCGGGCAGUCAGGAGGGCAAACUCAUCGUGUGGAGUAUGCGCACACAGCAGCCUUCAAUCAACAGCGAGCAGCACGUGCACUCAGUGUCGCUGAGCAGCAUACACGUACAGGACAGUACUGCUAUAAUCACCAUUGGAAGAGGAUCUUCCGUACAAAAAGACAGUGAGGAAGCGAACAACGGUGUCGCCGUCCAGACAAACAGUACGACCUCCUCCCAAUCUCUAGAACAGCCCAGUCUGCGAUCAGAUGGCGGGCUCAAGGAAAGUGGUCGGCCUAGCAUGAAUCAGCUCACGAAAGAUGUAGGUCAAAUGUCAGUCACAGAUAUAGGGACUGCAGGGAAGUUUGAAGACACGGUGACUCUUUGGCAAUACGGCGUCCCGCUCAGACCCACACGGAUAGAGGGAGACUUAGGGGAAAUAGUUACGUCUGUUUUUUAUCACGCACACACGGGAAACAUGUUUCUGGCAGUAGGCCUCUCCAAUCGCACCAUCAAGAUCUUGAACCUGCCAAAUUUCACCCUCGCCUCGGAGCUUCAUUUCCCAGAGAUGGCCGGGAAGAGGUGUCUGCACAUGGCUCUCAAUCUAUCACGUGACUCUCUGGUCCCCAGUGGUAGUUAUUAUCGAAACCCGUUCAGAGACCUAAUACUUACCACUGCGUGGUCGGAUGGGAAGGUUAUGAUAUGUCAGGUUUCUAAGCAGUAGAAUGACUAUGUGUGUGUGUUUGUUGAUGUCUGUCUUUUUUGUACGAAAUAAAUUUGCCACCGACUUAAAUCAUCACUGAUCUACCAUGAACAGAUGUAUGUAUAUAGCUCGGAGGAGUUUUUGUUACGGGGGAGAGAGAGAGCAGUACAACAACCUUCACUCUACAAGUAUCACAGGGUCUGUUCUGUGUAUUUGUUGUGUUGUUGAGUGUGUGUUUAAAGGUUUUAUAUCACAUAAAGUUGGUUCUAUGUGCUUGUGUUUUUUUGUAUGUUUCUACAAUUAUUGUAAUUAUUAUGUAUUUUUGCGCACCAUCACAAUCACAGAGUUAACGUCACUCAGUCUACAUGUGGCUAAACA